CGUGCAUUUUGCCCUGCUGCGCGCUUCCUUAACAACUCAACUGUACUCGUGUUCACGUCUAUUGGCUCAGAGUGACUCGUUUCCCAUAUAGGUGAUUUUACACUGACCUGGCUCCUUGGAACGGUUUCAAACAACACAAUUCACACGAAAUGUCUAAAUUGGAGCAGGUCCUUGAUCUUGAACCACCGUAUGAUCUCAAAUUUAAAGGUCCCUUCACAGAAGUGGUGACCACAAACCUCAAGCUCAAAAAUCCCUCUGACAGAAAAGUAUGCUUCAAAGUGAAGACGACUGCACCUCGCCGGUACUGUGUACGGCCCAACAGCGGCAUGAUUGAGUCGGGAGCCACUGUCACUGUUUCUGUAAUGCUCCAGCCCUUUGAAUAUGACCCCAAUGAAAAAAGUAAACACAAAUUCAUGGUACAGACAAUCUUUGCACCAUCCACUGCUACAGACAUGGACGCAGUGUGGAAAGAUGCGAAGCCAGAUGAUCUGAUGGACUCCAAGCUGAGAUGUGUGUUCGAACUGCCCUCUGAAAAUGAUAAAAUGAAUGAUGUCGAUGCAACCAAAGCUGCCCCCGUCCUCAACUCCAAAGCAGAUGGCACGUCGGGGCCAAGGCCCAGCAGCGCGUCCAUGGAUGACUCUGAGAUGAAGAAAUUGAUGGCUGAGUGCAAGAGGCUGCAGUACGAUGUGGGCAAACUCUCAGACGAGAACAGACAACUCAAGGACGAGGGCCUGAGGAUGAGGAAGUCCCUCCGGUCAGACGACAUGGUCACCGGCUCGGGCGCCAUGAUGAGCAAACAGCACUCUUCCAGCUCCCUCCCCUCGCUAAUGGUCGUCAUAGCAGCUAUCUUCAUCGGAUUCUUCCUAGGGAAGUUCGUCUUGUAGGGGUGGGGAGGGGGUGGGCGAGAGAGAAGGAAAGUGGGCCGGCAUAGGCUCUCAUUUGUCUCCCAAGACCCUCAAGGUUAAAGUGUGUGUUAUCGUUGACCUGCCAUUAUCAGUGAUAGUGUCAGCUCACUGCGUACGUACAUAUGUUCUGUGUACCCGAAUCAUAAACUGGCCUCGCCUUUUACAAUCUCACACGGUUAGUACACAUGUGGGGAAAAACAGAGAGGAAUGAGCUUUCUCUGGGGUUUUCUUGGGGGGUUCUGUUCAGAUGUUCUGUUCUUUUUUUGGGGGGUGAGGCAUCAGGAGAGGGAGGUUUUCUUAACUCAAAUUUUACACUUGUUAGAGCAUCGAUAACAGGCGAGUCGGGGUACUGGGUUCAAGACUUUGGUUGAACAAUUCUAAUGAGUUCUCUUUCUGUGGUUUUAAUAAGAGUUGGAAUGUUCAGUGUCUUGUAUGUUAUUUUAAUCAUUUUAAUAAAAUGGGAUGGGGGGGGCCUUCCAAGCAAAAGACUGCUAAAUGUUGCUGGAUGGCCUCUUACAUUUAAAUGUUCACUGAAUUCUUAAAUCCUUAAUUUUUCUUGAGGAAUGUGAAACAAUACAGUAUGCUGGGAAUAUAGGUGUCUCCUUCCAUGGACAUUUCCUGUUUCCUACUGACACACACAUAAUUAUUAAAUUUCUUUCUAGAUUUUUUCUUUUUCUUUACACAAGUUAUAUAUAUAUCCCUCGUGAGGCAAACAUUGACUGAAAAGAUCUCUCUGUUCUUGCAGUCCUGUCCCAUGGUAUUUAACAUUGAAAUAAAAUGUUUAACAUUA